AUGCCUUACCAAGUUAAAGCAUGGUUUAUGGUUGAUUCAAGUGAGAAUCCAAAAGAAAUGUGUCAUUAUGAUAUACCACGUUUAGUUUCUGCUGAUUAUUUAGCAAGUAUUGGUGUAAGAUUUGAAAAGAUUUCUGUUGAUGAGGGUAUUGAUAAAGUUAUAGAAUAUGGUAAAAAAAUUGGUUAUGAAUGCCAUGAUAUAGUUACUAUUAAUGAGAAUAUAGAAAAUUAUGAUGAAAAACUUAAGUGUUUCUAUACAGAACACCUUCAUACUGAUGAUGAGAUAAGAAUUUGCUUAGAUGGUUCUGCUUACUUUGAUGUAAGAGAUAAGGACAAUCAAUGGAUAAGACUUAAAUUUACUGUUGGAGAUUUGAUUGUCCUCCCAGCCGGUAUUUACCAUAGAUUUACUGUUGAUUUAUCUAAUAAUGUUAAAGCUCUUCGCCUCUUCAAAUCUAAUCCAUCAUGGCAAGCUUACAAUCGUGAUGAACAGGUUGAUUCAAUGAAAAUUCGUUCAGAGUACUUGGCAAGGAUAAAUAGUAGAUAA